UGGUGAAUCUAAUGAGGAAGGCGAGGAUCUUUUCCUUCCGAAACUGGAAAGAGUUGCCUUGGAAAUUGUCGUGACCGAUUUGCCAGGCUCAAAAUGUGCACCGGGUGUUGUAUGUCUCAGUUGGCCUGCUGCUGCGGCCCUAAGGCCUGCUCUCUGUGCUGUGAUGUCUGCCCCAAGAUCAAGCAGUCCACAGGCACGCGCUUCAUGUACGCCCUCUACUUCCUCCUGGUCACCGUCAUCUGCGUCGUUAUGAUGUCACCCGUGCAAGAGCACAUCCCAUUCUAUAAGGAAAUGUGUGAGAAGCUCAAUGCCGGGGAGAACUGCAAGAUCCUGGUGGGGUACCCUGCAGUGUACAAGGUGUGCUUUGGCACAGCCUGCUUCUUCUUCAUCUUCGCAGUCUUCACCUUCAGAGUGCGCUCCAGCACCGGAUGUCGGGCGGCCGUCCAUAAUGGUUUCUGGUUCUUCAAAUUCCUGGCUUUGAUUGGUUGCUGUGCAGGAGGAUUCUUCCUUCCAGAUCAGGAUACGUUCCUUGAAGUGUGGCGCUAUGUGGGUGCAGCUGGAGGGUUUCUCUUCCUGCUGAUCCAGCUCAUGCUCCUGGUUGACUUUGCGCACAGAUGGAACAAAAACUGGACUGCAGGUGCAAAAUACAACAAGCUGUGGUACGCCGCGCUGGCCCUGGUCACUCUGGUGCUCCUGACCUUGGCUGUGGGAGUGCUGGUCUUCAUGGUCCUCUUCUACACCCACCCCACGGCCUGCUACCUCAACAAGAUCUUCCUGGCCAUCAACGGUGGCCUCUGUUUGCUGGUGUCCCUGCUGGCAAUCUCUCCCUGUAUUCAGAGAUUGCAGCCCACGACCGGCCUGCUGCAGUCAGGGGUCAUCAGCGUGUACGUCAUGUACCUCACCUUCUCUGCAUUCUCCAGCAAGCCCAUUGAAGUGUUGGAAGAAAAUGGUGGUAACAUAACUGUCUGUGUCUUCCCCUUCAACUCUGACACAGAGUCAGACAACAAGAUAGUGACAGGUGUUGGCACGGUCAUUCUGUUUGGCUGUGUGCUGUAUUCCUGUUUGACCUCAACAACCAGAACUGGAUCAGCAGCUCUGCGAGUGUACAGGACCACGGCACCAGAGAACGAGAAAGCCCGCUGCUGUUUCUGCUUUGGUCAAGACGAUAAUGAAUACGAAGAGGAGGAGAAGAAGGGAGGAGGGCAGAAUGUCAUUUAUGAUGAGAAGGAAGGAACCGUGUACAGCUAUUCCUACUUUCACUUUGUCUUCUUCCUGGGGUCACUGUAUGUCAUGAUGACAGUCACCAACUGGUUCCAUUACGAUAACGCCAGGAUCGAUAAGCUUCUGGAUGGGAGCUGGUCUGUGUUCUGGAUCAAGAUGGCCUCCUGCUGGGUGUGUCUCCUGCUGUACACAUGGACCCUGGUGGCCCCCAUAGUCUGUCCAAAGAGAUUUGAGGCCUAG